AGAUUCCCAAUAUUCCAAAAGCAGAUGAACGCGAAAGGAUUUCUGUUAUGACCGUUAAAUCUGAGUUUGAUUAUUUUCUCUAGAUCCUUUUCUCAAAUGUGACUUUUCCUGUCUGGUUGAGCUGGGUUGGUCGUGUUUACAUGGCUGGUGAAAUGACAGCGUCUGAGAUGAGAGCCUGCAAAUAAUUGUAUGCAUUUUGUAAACCAGGAUGUAACCCAAUUAUUCCAUUUGUAAUAAUGUGUUAGCUCGUUACACGCUAUGUAGGCAUAUGUUAAGGGAACAUUAAUAUGGAUGUAGUGAAUAUUGCUUUCUGCGCCAUUGGGAAAUGCCUGGAAACUUGUAGCCUUUUUCUGGAUUUGGUCGUCUGGUUUGUGAAUUGGCUGUGCCGACUUUUCUCAGAUAUGGGUUCCUCUCUGCAUGAUCUACCAGUGGUGCUGAGUGGCUUCACCUUACUAGAAUACUGGAACUGUGCCCUUUUUUCUUUCCUCACUGUUACAGAGGUUGUCACCAGCACAGCACAUGGAGCUUUUAAUGUACUGGAAGGAUGGCUGGAAACCUUAGGGGGCAUUUUUGAGAGUUUUAAAAUGGUGGGCCACCUCUCUACUCAUGUUGCCUGGCGCACCAAAGAGUUGCUACACCGCGGACUUCUAUCUGGACAUACUUUACUGAAACAGACUUGUGAAGGCUUCAGCAUUGCAUUCAGCCUCGUUCUCUACUUUGUCAACACAAUCAUCAACAUUCUCCUCAUUAGUACUCAAAACUGCUUCUCUGCGAUAGUUGGGGCGUGGGAGGCAGUGUCAGGCCCCCUGCACAAAGCCUUGGAAUUAGCUGUCACACUUCUUACCUUCUUAUACAGCUGCCUGGUGGGCACCUCUGUACUGCUUUGGACACCCUGCCAGCUAGCCCUGGAGUUUCUGGGCUCCCUUGGUCAUGUCUUUAUCACAGUGUUCAUGUUCAACAUUUAUGGCUUGCUCGUAACAGUGAUCGUUGUUUCUUUAACUUUGCUCUAUCUUAAUCCGGAGAUGCCGCAACGUGUGGCCCAGCAAGGUGUUCAAUUUGUCAAUGCAAUCCCAGGAAUGCUAACACUACAGAGGACUAUUUCUAGACUUUACCUAGUGGCCAUGGAACAAGCUCAAGCUUUUCAGGACAAUGCUGCUGGCCCACAGGCCAUGGGCCAGGUGGCCCAAGCCAGACAGUCAAGGCGUGUUACACCACAGCCCCCUGGAGAGGGAGUGGGGCGCCCAGUUCUUGAUCUAAGGACCCCAGGUAGUCCUACUGACCACACAGGUACCCUUCUUCCCACAGAGCAGCCUGGAAGACCACUAGUGGAAUUAAACUCAACACUUCAACACCUUAACACUAGGUGGGAUAGCAUUGACCUUGACCCAGACCACUACCACCAUCCAUCUACAACUGCUAAGACUACAGUGAAGCAGCAGCCUGGCGGUGAGCAAGGCACUCAGGCCACCACUGCAGACACUGGCCUUCUCAGCCUGUUGAAAGAGCAUGAGGAGAGGAAGAAGUGUGUGAUCUGUCAGGACCGGGUCAAGAAUGUGUUGCUGCUGCCCUGUCGCCAUCUGUGCCUGUGUCGCCACUGCUCUGCCAUUUUGUUGCAGCAGCCCUCCCAGCAGCACAGUUGUCCCCUCUGCCGGCAGGCCAUCACACAGACCAUGGAUGUGUUCCUCUGAAACCACUGUCCUCCUGUGGCAGCCCCAGGGACCAGCUAGUGCACUUUGGGUUGCCAUUCCAGAGUUAAAAAGAGGGGCACUGAGGGAAAAAUAAAUUCAGCCGGUCUGAAAACCCCUGUCAUGGGAAUGGCUCCCGCUCAUUUUCUGAUGGGCAUUAGGACUGCAAACACUGGAUGGAGAAGACUUUACUCUCAGGAUAAUGGAAGAUAAUGAUAGGCAUCCACAAUGUAGAGAUUGUGUUGAGCAAAUAAAACUGGUCUACUGUCAUGUGGGAAUUGAUACUGUAGACAUGAUGCAGAUAGACUGUACAGUUGUGUUGGCCCAGUGCAGUACAUCUCUAUCUAUAAUUUUAAAUGCUGUUUUCCACCUCCAGUUCUCAAGCACAAGUUGAGUCACAUUUGUUGUAGCCGUAAACAAGCUAACUGACUCAACUUGCCAACUAUUUAUCAAGAUUUCAACUAGUUGAAUCCUGUGAGUUUGUCUGGGGUUGCAACCAAAAUGUGUGCUAUUGGGAGAGCUGGAGUUGGAGAACACUGGUCGAUCCCAAUUAAGGCCACAGGGUUUCUGAUGCUUACACUUUGCUUUCACCAGCUCCACAAACGAAUAUUGCAGCUUGCAUUUUAGGUGUUUGGUCGUUUAGCUCUAGAUUACAAAAUGUGGACGUUUCCUUUAUGGUUUCCCACAGCUGCACCAACUGUAUUGCACUGGCUACAAAGCUUCUGUGCUGACUUGUACAAUGAACAAAAUGUGACCUUUGUAACUUGCAUACUUCCAUAUUUCAGGCACAAGGUUUAUAAUUUAAUUAGAUAACUCAUGGCUACUAAACAUAUAACGAAAAUGAAGACGUUGAAUAGAGCAAAGUAGACCAUACUACAACCAAUUUUUAUAUAUAU